UUUACAUGUUAGCAUCUCCACUCCACGUGAGAGCUAACAUGCUAACAAGCUGCUCACCGGUGCAUUUUAGAUGUUUUCACGGACAUGUUUAGUUUUAAGAGGCUUAUUAAAAACACAUUUUAUACCCGGACAGUGUCAGACUUUACCUCAUCGUUGUGCCUUGGCUUCGGUGUGUCCGUUUAUCAGAGCCCGAUCUCAUCUUGUCUUCUCUGAACGAAACUUCUCCAAAAUCCGCCAAAAAAUGCCUAAAAAAGACAAGGGGAAGGGGCAGCCGUGUGCAGGGGCCAAAGCAGCAGAACCAUCAGGACCUGUGUUGCGGGACAAAAGUGGUGCUGUGACCGUAACAAUUCACGCCAAGCCUGGGGCCAAACUCAGCGCCAUCACUGAAGUAUCUGCUGAGGCUGUAGGUGUUGCCAUUGCAGCGCCGCCUACAGAUGGAGAGGCCAACGCUGAGCUCAUCCGGUUCCUGUCUCAAGUCCUGGACCUCAAGAAGAGUCAGGUUUCAUUGGACAAGGGCUCCAGAUCUAGAGACAAACUGAUCAAAGUGGACUCUUCUCUCAGCCCAGAGGAGGUGCUGCAGAGGCUCAAACAGGCCUUGAGCUGAACACUCAAAUAUGGACUCAAAUAAAACCUUUCAUUUUAAUGGGCAAAUGGAAAAGUGGGAAGGAUGAACAAAUAGAAGAGAAUGGGAAUGAACAACUGAUCAGGGGCAGUACUUAAAUAAACAUACAUAAAUAAAAAUCUAUGACAAUAUAUUCAUCACUUUAAACAUUUAAAAACACAGGAUCACAUUAAAGUAGCAUGAAGGAAAUGUCUUGCCCCAGGACACGAGUAUGCAGUGUCACAUCUAACAGAUGCAAAUCAAACCUUGGACUUAGUGCGACAUAGUUUGUCUCUUUUUUUUUUAAGGCUUUGUAAUUCUUAAGUUGGACUGUAGAUGGUGCUGUGUGUCUGCGAGGUUCUGUUAUACUGAUGGAGAAGUUUGUGUAAACCAGACUGUAUAAUACGUUCUGUGGUAUACACAGAAAAAUAUGUGAAGAAAAAUUAAACAUAUCCAUCCACAUAUAUAUAAAUAUGGAGCAAAUAAAUAUUCAAGUAAAAGGGUCACAUAUAAAAUCGACUUAAAUAUAAGUAUUGCACUAACCGCUGUAAAAAUGUACUGAAAGAGUGAAAAGUAUUUUGCACAGAUUUUGAGAUCUAAUAAAGAUUCAAAUGUACUUAUUCUGAUACAGAAUUGUACUGCUAAACAAACAGUAUUUCCAUGGAAAUGGGCAGGAAAAGGCGCCCAAAUAAGAGUAAGGUGAAAUGCAAUAAACAAUAAACGCAACCAAUGAAAAAAGCUUUUAUUUUAGUCUAUUUUUUGGUUAAAAAGUUACAUACUAUACCUAAAUACUAAAUAGGAUAUUCAAAAUCCGCUCUGUAUUUUUUGUGUGUCAAAUAUGGCAACAAAGUUAAGCAAAAACAUGGCACUGUCCAUUUUAAAGGUCUUAUAUUACACAAAAUUGACUCUUGUGAGCGUUUACCCAAGUUAUAAUGUUGUUAUCUCAUCAAAAACUACCUGGAGUUGUGUUUUGUUUCAUUCACACAUGUUUGAGUAAUCCUGUAGUCUGCCUACAUCUCCAAAGCUCAAAAUGCUCUCUUCCACCUUGACAAUUCCAGGGCUGAAAUUAUCCUAAGCACUUUGUGUUGCGUUUUUUGUAUGAAAAGCGCUCUAUAAAUAAA